GUCAAGUCCAACGCCAACCUCAACUUCGUCGACCGCCGCCAACACACGCCUCGAAAAAAAUGGCCCCCAAAGGAAAGAAGCCCGCUGCCUUCCCCCAGGCGACUUCAAAGUCGACUGCUGCGAAGAAGCAAAAGAACCCUCUCAUCGAGAAGCGUCCCCGCAACUAUGGCAUCGGUCAGGACAUCCAGCCCCAGCGCAAUGUUGGCCGUAUGGUCCGAUGGCCGGCGUACGUCCGUCUUCAACGCCAGAAGAAGAUCCUCAACAUGCGAUUGAAGGUCCCCCCUGCGAUUGCCCAGUUCCAGCACGUCGCCGACCGCAACCUCGCCACCCAGGCCUUCAAGAUCCUCAACAAGUACAGGCCCGAGACCAAGGCCGAGAAGAAGGAGCGUCUCACCAAGGAGGCUACCGCCGUCGCUGAGGGCAAGAAGAAAGAGGACGUUAGCAAGAAGCCCUACGUUGCCAAGUACGGUCUGAACCACGUUGUCGGUCUCAUCGAGAACAAGAAGGCCGCACUUGUCCUCAUCGCCAACGACGUCGACCCCAUCGAGCUCGUUGUAUACCUUCCAGCCCUCUGCAGGAAGAUGGGUGUCCCAUAUGUCAUCGUUAAGGGCAAGGCCCGUCUCGGUACGGUCGUCCACCAGAAGACCGCCGCUGUCCUCGCUCUCACCGAGGUCCGCUCCGAGGACAAGAACGAGCUCCAGAAGCUUGUCACCGCUGUCAACGACGGCUACCUCGAGUCACACCACAAGGAUGCUUCGCGUCACUGGGGUGGUGGUAUCAUGGGUGCCAAGGCCAACGCCCGCAUGGAGAAGCGCAGGAAGGCCAUUGAGAGUGCCAUCAAGAUCUAAGAAGGUUUUGAGGAGCUUGGAAGGUUUCGUGAUGACUUUAUGGCGUGUCUCUUAUCUCUGCAUGUAGCCGGUUCACAAUACCAACGGAGUUUAGGAGGGUUAAAAACAGUCGCUGAAGACUGCAUUGACUGGAAUCAAUUACGAUAACGCACGCCAUCGAGCA